UGUCCGCUUCGAUAUGCAAUAAACGUUUUCCUAGCAAUCCGUAUUUUGGUUUCAAGCUUUCGUUAUUCGUUUUAUAUACACAAAUUGUGAAAUAGCAAUAAAGGCUUUGCAGUUCAUGGAAACCGACACAAUAGCCAAUUCAAGCGUGGUCUCGCUCACUCAGCCUCACCUUUGGUCUUGGUCAAGACAUCGAACAAAGCAUGUAGCUAUAAGAUUUCAAGAUGCCGGCUGUGGAUGUGGACACUGCCCUCUUGACCAUAGGUUAUGGCUUCGCUCAGGUGAUAAUCUUCGUGGUGAGCUUCUUCACUUACAUGUACUCCGUAUCCGAGUCCAUGAGCGUGUCCUAUAUCGUGGUGCUGACGUCCUGCGAGUUCGCCACCACCAAAGAGGAGAAGACCCUCCUGGCCGACUCCCUGCUAGGUGGAAUGGUUGUCUCCGGGCUGUUCAUUGGAUUCCUGGCGGACAAAUACGGGCGGAAGUACAUUCUCCGCUUGGCGUUGAUAGGAGCUUUGGGCUUCUCUUCAAUCUCCGCUUUAAUGCCGGAGCUCUACUCGCUGUCAGUGCUUCGGAUGAUCGUGGGACUCUUCCUCUCCGGGGUUUCCUCCUUACAAGUGGGCUUCCUCACCGAGUUCCAUGCGCCCCAGUGGCGACCAUUGGUGGUCACCCUUUGCAGCCAAUCGGUGAGCACGGCCCUGAUCUACUGUCCCCUGAUGACCAUGGCCAUUCAGCCCCACUCCAUCAGCGUGAACAUCACCAGCGACUACCAUAUGCGCGGUUGGCGAUUCCUGAUGAUGAUCGUCCAGAUUCCCGGCUGGAUAGCUCUGCUGGGGAUUUGCCUAGUGCCCGAGACCCCGCACUUCUACAUGUCUGUGAGGCGGGAUCAAGAGGCCACCGAGGUCCUCAAGUGGAUAUGCCGGAUGAACAGGAAGAACCUAGAGGAUCUGGACAUAUUUUUGACCGAAGACCCUCGUGCCACGAUCAUUUCCAAGGAAGGUUUCUUUAGGAAUAUGUUGUACGAAAUGACGCGGCUAUUCCGCAAGCCAUACGUCGGAACAUUUAUGAUCUGCCUAAUGGUAAUUUUUGGAUUAUUCUUUACGUCCAUUGGCAUGGGCAUCUGGUUUCCGAUUAUUCGCAACAUGGACAACUCCGGCAGCCACCGGUUGUGCGAUCUCGUUGAAAAUAAUCCAAUAUUUCAUGCCCCCCCGAUCAUAAACGGCACAGAGGCAGGACCACCGAGUUGCCACGACGAGAUGACCAACCUGAUCGAUCCCAUCUACUAUGGAUUGGCCUACAUGGGUUGUUUUUUUUUGUCCUCGCUGUUGUUGCAGUGCCUCAUUCGGAAGAACGUGAUUACGUUGCACAUCGCAGUGGCUUUUGUCCUGGGCAUUUCUCUAAAUUUCCUAAAGCAGCCGACUUUGGUGCUAGUCUGCUUCACCGGCAUGAUGGUCAUGCCGGGAGUCCUGAUCCCGCUGGCCUCCUCGGUGCUGAUCGACGCCCUGCCCAUCCACCUGCGAGGAAAGGCUCUGUGCAUGGUGCGAUCCUUGGCGAGACUGGGAGCCGUGGGGGGCAGCACCUUGGUUGGACUACUGAUAAGGGUCUCCUGUGAUACCACCCUGAACCUAUUCAACGUCUAUCUGGCUGUUUGCGUCAUUUUGGCCAUCUUUUUACCCAAGUGAGAGCAGGUCCAGUUUAAGGAAAGUGAUGAAACUACCUUUAGACUCCGCUGUCAAGGUACUCGAUCUGUACUAGGUCUG